AUGAUGAAGACUGGUCAUGUUGAGAAGACCAAUGAUCGCGACUAUGAAAUUGAAGAAAGACGUUAUCGCACAAUGGAAUCCGCGGCGAAUAGGCUGCAGAAGGAGGCAAAGGGGUAUUUGGACUCAUUGCGAGCUAUGACUGCUUCUCAGAUGCGAAUUGCCGAGACUAUUGACGCCUUUUACGGCGAUGCUGGUGCCAAGGAUGGAGUGAGCAGGAGUUACAAGCAGGCCGUUGAAGAUCUGGACGCAGAAACGAUCAAGGCUCUCGAUGGGCCCUACAGAACAACUGUUCUUGACCCAAUUUCUCGUUUCUGUGCAUACUUCCCCGACAUCAACGAAUGCAUCAAGAAACGCAACCACAAGCUUCUCGACUACGACUCUAUGCGUGCCAAAGUCAAGAAGCUCGUGGAAAAACCAGACAAGGAUGCCACCAAGCUACCGCGCGCCGAAAAGGACGCUGAAAUGGCCAAACAGGCCUACGACCAAUUAAAUGAACAACUAUAUAACGAAUUGCCCCAGCUUAUCGAUCUGCGGGUUCCCUACCUCGACCCAUCGUUCGAGGCUCUGGUCAAGAUUCAGCUCCGUUUUUGUGCUGAGGCGUACAGCCGUAUGGCUCAGGUUCAGCAGUAUCUCGACUCGGACACGAGAGAGGAGUAUGCUGCCGGUAACCUGGAUAAUAAGGUAGAACAGGUGCUGCAGGAGAUUAGAGAUUUAAGCAUUGCUGGGACCGUUUGA